AUGCAGACUGCUUCUACGAACAUUUGUGAAAGGCUGUGCAAUAAGUCCAUCUGUGAAAUUUCAUUGCUACUAAAUAUUCCACGCUCAACUGUUAGUGGUAUUAUAACAAAGUGGAAGCAACUGGGAACAACAGCAACUCAGCCACAAAGUGGUAGGCAACAUAAAAUGACAGAGCGGGGUCAGCGCAUGCUGUAAGCGCACAGUAAGCAAAGUCGCCAACUGUCUGCAGAGUCAAUAGCUAAGGUCCCCCAAACUUUAUGUGGCCUUCAGAUUAGCACAACAACAGUGUGUGGAGAGCUUCAUGGAAUGGGCUUCCAUAGACAAGCAGCUGCAUCCAAGCUUUACAUCACCAAGUGCAAUGCAAAGUGUCAGAUGCAAAGCACGCCACCACUGGACUCUA